UGUAAGCCAUCCUUGUUCCUUAUGUGUGUCUGCCAGUUAGAAGGAAUCCUGGCUCAGAGUUACUGGUUUUCGCAGUGGUCUAGACAGCAACCUAGGUUUUUUGUUUUUGUUUUGUUUUCUUCUGGCUGUUUGUUUAGUUGGCUUCUAAAAAGGAAUCUGAUGCAAAGAGCAGCUGUUAUUGUUUUCUUUGUCUUUCUUUUUCUUUGCCUGAGGACAAAGUGCCAGGCUGUCCUGUGAUUAUUGAAUGGGUUGGCAUUCUCUGGUACUUGGAGUUGGUGUUGUAGAAAAUGAAGAGGCUGCCACAGAGGGAUCUGAUACAGAACAUGUUCCUCCUGCUAAUUUUGAGCCUGGGGAUGCAGCUUCAUCAGACAACAGCUUUAUUCACAGUGACGGUCCCUAAGGAUCUGUACAUAGUAGAACACGGCAGCAAUGUGACCCUGGAGUGUGAUUUUUACUCUGGAAAUAAUCUGGAAAUUGAACAUGUAACAGCCGCUUUGCAAAAGGUGGAAAACAACACAUCUUCGCACAGUGCCACUUUACUGAAGGAGGAGCUGCCGCGGGGGAAGGCCUUAUUCCACUUCUCCCAAGUGCAAGUGAGCGAUGCGGGGAAAUACCGCUGCGUGAUCGGCUACGCAACCUCCUGGGACUACAAGUACCUGACUCUAAAAGUCAAAGCUUCCUACAAGAAAAUAAACACUCAUACUGUUUCGGUCCCAGGGACAGAUGAGAUAGAGCUCACCUGCCAAGCUAAAGGUUAUCCCCUGGCAGAAGUAUCCUGGUCAAAUGUCAAUUUUUCUGCCAACACAAGCCACACGGAGACUUCUGAUGGCCUCUACCAGGUCACCAGUGUUCUGCGCCUAAAGUCACCCGCUAGCAGAAACUUCAGCUGUGAGUUCUGGAACGCUAACGUGAAGGAGCUUACGUCAGCCAUCAUUGCCCUUCGAGGUGAUACGGAAUCCAACGUCCCUCCACCUUUGCUGCGUCACAUUUUCAUCCCUUCCUUUAUCAUUGUUUUAACAGUCAUAGUUACAAUGAUAAUCCUAAGAAAACAACUCAGCAAAAAGCUUUGUUCAACAAAAGAUUUGAACAUGUGUGUCCAGAGCCGAGGUGAGUUGAUGGGACAUCCUCAAGAAGUUUCUGGAUCCUGAAUGAGAAUCCCUUGGCCCACAGAGCUUGUUUAUAGUGUUCAAAUGCAUUGUAUGACCCAGCACUUUAAUCCGGUGACUGCAAAAAGGCUAAUUAGCCCCUGGCCACAGUGUGCUGAGAGGGAGUCGGGCAGCCCACCCCCUCGCGGAUCCGGCUCUCACCUCAGCAGUCUGUGACUGAGCAAGCACGGCGGCACUUUAGAAAAUGACCGCAUUGGAUCCUGGACCCCAGUGAAUGUCCCAAGGCUCCUUCUUGCUUUCAGACUGAAGAGUUCUAAAGUGAUUUCCAGAAGAAGAGAUAAGUGGAAAUUUUAGUUACGGAAAGAGACGGAUGGCCAAGAGUUAUUUUUAUCUAUUGUUCCCUCUGUAUACUGGGAAAGCCUAUUGAGACUAUCAACUCACAGACUGCGCUUUACACAAAAUCAAGCCAUAAUUUACAUGUUUUAUGGUUUACUAGAAUCUUGAAUGUAUUUGGGUUCUAAUUAACAGGGAGCAUGUAAGUACACAGAAGGCCCAGCUACAAAUUGUGGAGAAAUGUCAUAGUUAAAAAUUUUGGCAUGCAGUUAUGUUGCAAAGAUCUCAGAUGAGUAGCCAUAAUUGGUCAAAUCCCCAAACAAACGCUUAUUUCCUGGCCCUCUAUAUGAUUUUAUUUUUUUUAAGUGUCAAAUCAUAUUUUAUUUUUAAGGUUUAAUAUUUAAGUGCUUUUUAAAUUUUAAAAUAGUUUUAAACUUAUCCCAAAUUUCUCAGUAUACAAAGAUUUUUUUUUUUCCUGAGCCAUUCAGAAAUAUCAGCACUGGUUGAGUUAGUGUGCAUUCCUGACAACAAAAAACAUUCUCCCUUGUAACCACAAGAUUACCAUCUAUUGGGGUAUAUGAUUUUAAACUUGCCCUUUAGUGGCUCAGUUUCCAUGUCUGUGAUACCAACUAGUCAUCGCCUUUGAUUGUUGGCACUAUAGAAAUCCUGUGGGAUCCCAUUAUGUAUAUGACAAGGUGGGGUGGGGGGUGGGUAAAUGGGCCCACCAGCAACAGUUUAAUCAUGUUACAUUUGAUCUCUGUGAUGGGGCCAUGAAACACAAGGCAUUAGUUGACCCAUGAACCAUCCAAAUAGAAAUGUAAAUGUAAGUGUAAAUAUAAAUAUAAAUAUAAAUAUAAAUAUAAAUAUAAAUACAAAUACAAAAACACUCACAUAUGCGUAUAACAGUCUUUGGUCAGUAGGCCUAAAGCAAGUUCUUAAACUGGUGCUCAGACUAAGGAGAAUUUGGAGUUAAGGGGAAUGAAGGGUGUGAAAGAAUAGCGGUUUGAUCUCCAAAAUAUAUAAAGAACUCACAUGACUCCACUCCAAGAAGACAAACAAUCCAAUUAAAAAAUGGACAAAGGACCUGAACAGACACUUGUACAAGGAGGACAUACACAGGGCCCAGAGACAUAUGAAAGGAUGCUCAGCAUCACUAGCCAUCAGAGAAAUGUGAAUUAAAACAACAAUGAGAUACCACCUCACACCGGUCAGAAUGGCCAUCAUAAACAGAUCAACAAACAGCAGGUGCUGGCGAGGCUGUGGAGAAAAGGGAACCCUAGUCCACUGUUGGUGGGAAUGCAGACUGGUGUAGCCACUGUGGAAAGCAGUGUGGAAUUUCCUCAAGAAGCUAAAAAUGGAACUGCCUUUUGUCCCAGUGAUUCCACUGCUUGGAUUAUACCCUAAGAAUCUCAAAAUGCCAAUUCAAAAGAAUCUACGCACCCCAAUGUUCAUAGCAGCACAAUUUACAAUAGCCAAGUGUUGGAAACAACCUAAAUGCCCAUCAGGAGAUGAGUGGAUCAAUAAACUGUGGUACAUUUACACAAUGGAAUACUACGCAGCAGAAAGAAAAAAAGAACUACUACCCUUCGUGACAGCAUGGAUGGAACUAGAGAGCAUUAUGCUAAGUGAAAUAAGCCAGGGGACAAAAGACAAAUAUCAUAUGAUCUCACCUAUAAGUGGAAUCUAAUCAACAAAACAAAUAAGCAAGGAAAAUAUGACCAGCAACAUUGAAAGAAAAAGGAAAUGAACAGAGUCAA